AUGAUUGUGACAUCUGUGAAAAGGUUAGGAUCUACUUGCAAACGAUGGAACGCUAUAUUCGAAGAUGAAAGAUUCAUUGAAAAGCACUUUAGUAAAGCACCAAAGGAGUCUAUGGUUCUCAUAUUGAAGGGGUAUAGGGUUUGUCCAGUGAGCGUCAAUCUCAACGUUGCUCCUCCUUCUAUAGAGUUUAAAGGUGCACUUGGCCUAAAGAUUUCCCCUUCUAGUUCAGAAGAAGUCGACAUAGUCAACGUUUUCCAUUGCGAUGGUUUGUUGUUAUGCAACACCAAAGAUGGUAGACUCGUGGCUUGGAAUCCGUGUUUGGGAGAAACCAGGUGGAUCCAACGCAAAACUUGUUACGAUAUAGAGUCUAGGUUUACUCUAGGAUAUAUCCAAAACAAAAAAUCUUGCCGUAGCUACAAAAUCUUGAGGCGGUGGGGUGUUUUUAGUGACCCAAAGUUUGAUAUAUAUGAGUUUAGCUCUGAUUCAUGGAGGGUUCUUAAUGACGUUGUUCUUGACCGCAUUAUUCCAAGAGAUUUAAACAUCAAUGUGUUCCGUUGUUUCAAAAUCUUGGUAUUAUUGUUCUAUCAGUUGUUAGAGAAGAACAGCUCUCACUUUUACAUCAGAGCUCUCAUCAUAGACCAAAGAUGGAGAUAUGGGUAA